GGGCAACGUUAGCGUACGUAAAAAUGGCUGAUGACGCAGCGAAGGCAUUUCUUUCCCAGCAUAAAUUGGGUCAUUUAAUAGAAAUUUUCGAGGCUGCCGGAGCAACUAAAGCAGAGUUCAACUAUCUCCGACAAAAUUUGGUGGAGCUCAUGGCCCUCGUGCCCCAGUUGACUGACCGCAGAAAAUUUGCCGAAGCGUUUGACGCAGAACAGGCGUCCUCUUCAUCAGCUCAACCAGUCGCCGCUACAAACUCGAAAGCUGUGUCGAUACGAGCGAACCUUGAGACCAUUUGUCAAAGUUCGGAUGAAGGAAAAAAGUUCUGGGAAACUGCUGGCUCGGGUUAUUACCAAGUAUUUCUUCGAGGCCGGCGGCGGGUCUAUAUCUAUGCAAAUGUUUUAUGA